CCUGCCACCCUCGGCAUAUGGGGCCAGCACCCCACUCACCGAGCCACAGGCGCCGCCCUCAUGUAGCGUUCUUUUUAUAAGAAUACCAAUUAUACAAUAUUACAAGCUUACUCUAUCCCAGUUUGAUCUCAUCUUUUCUUUUUGGUUUGGCCGGGGCCAGGUUUGAACCUGCCACCUCUGGCAUAUAGGGCCAGCGCCCUACUCCUUGAGCCACAGGCGCCACCCAGUUUGAUCUCAUCUUAACUAAUUAUUUCUUCAAAGACCCUGUUUAUAUAUAAGGAUGCAUUUUGAGUUACUGGCAGUUAGAACUUCAACAUAAUCUUUUUGGGGGGCACACAAUUCAACUCACAACACUUUUCCACUUGUUUAAGUCUGUAUGUUCAUUUUAAAGUUUUCUUAUGGUUUCUAGAUGUUUUCUAAAUAUUCUAUAUAUUCUGUUGCCAUUGUAAAUGUAGUUUUUUUCUUCUAUUUUCUAAAUACAGUCAGCAUUUCGUAUCCCUGGGUUUCAUCCUGUUGAUUGAAAAUAUUUUUUUGGGAAAAACCAACAAUAAAACAUAAUACAACAAUAAAAAGUAAAACAAAUAAAAAUUACAGUAUAACAACCAUUUACAUAGCAUUUACGUUAUAUUAGAAAUAAUAUUCUAGGGCGGCGCCUGUGGCUCAGUGGGUAAGGUGCCGGCCCCAUAUACCGAGGGUGGUGGGUUCAAGCCCAGCCCAGGCCAAACUGCAACAAAAAAAUAGCCGAGUGUUGUGGCAGACACCUGUAGUCUCAGCUACUCAGGAGGCUGAGGCAAGAGAAUAGCCUAAGCCCAGGAGUUGGAGGUUGCUGUGAGCUGUGUGAUGCCACGGCACUCUUACAGAGGGCAAUAAAGUGAGACUCUGCCUCUACAAAAAAAAAAAAAAAAAAAGAAAAGAAAAGAAAUAAUAUUCUAGAGAUGAUUUAAGGUAUAUGGGAGGAUGUAUACAGGUUAUAUGUAAAUACUACACAAUUUUAUGUAAGGAACUCAAUCAUCCAGAGAUACUGGUAUGUGUGGGAGGUCCUGGAAACAAUACCUGAUAGAUACCAUGGGACAAUUGUAGUUGUGUAUAUGAACUUAACAUAAAACCAAACAUUAAUUUGUAUAUAGUGAAUUUAUUGAAUUUCUUGCCUUUUUUUUUUUUUUUGAGACAGGGUCUCACUUUGUCUUGCCCUUAGUAGAGUGCCAUGGAGUCAUAGCUCACAGCAACCUCAAACUCUUGGACUCAAGUGAUUCUCUUGCCUCAGCCUCUUGAGUAGCUGGGACUUAUAGCCACCCACCACAAUGCCUGGCUAUUGUUUUUUUUUUUUAAGAGACGAGGUCUUGCUCUGGCUCAGGCGGUUCACGAAACUGUGAGGUCAGACAAUCCACUGGCCUUGGCCUCCCAGAGUGCUAGCAUUAUAAACAUGAGCUACCACACUUGGCCAGAAUUUAUUACUUUUUAUAAUACUUUUUCAAAUGGCUUGAUUUUUUUUAAACAGUUUUAUUGAUAACAAAUGUUUAUUUUACCUUUUCCAAAUUUUUAUACCUUUAUUUCUUUCAUUUAGUUGACUUCCCUCUACUGUAAUAAUAGUGGUGAUAGUGCUCACCUUUCCUUAUAGACUUUAAUAGAAAUGCUUCUGGAAUUUUCCCAUUAAAUAUAGUACUAGUGUUUGGGUUGUACUGUACUUUAUUCUCAAAUACUGUCUAUCACUAUUUUAUAAAGAAUUUUUUAAUGAAAAUAGAGUUUUCUUAUCUUUUUAAUGUCUAUGGAAAUGAUUACUUGAUUUAAAAUUUUUUACCUAUAUUUUCUUUUGUAAUAUAUUUUCUUUCUUUUUUUUUUUUUUUUUUUUUUUUGUGGAGACAGAGUCUCACUUUACCGCCCUUGGUAGAGUGCCAUGAUGUCACAGGACUCACAGCAACCUCCAGCUCUUGGGCUUACUCAAUUCUCCUGCCUCAGCCUCCCGAGCAGCUGGGACUACAGGUGCCAGCCACAACGCCCGGCUAUUUUUUUGUUGCAGUUUUGGCCGGGGCUGGGUUUGAACCUGCCACCCUCGGCAUAUGGGGCCGGCGCCCUACUCACUGAGCCACAGGCUCUGCCCUGUAAUAUAUUUUCUAAUAUCAAAACAUAUUCUUGGAAAAAAAAUCUACUCAGGUAUAUGUGCUGUGCUUCUGGGACACUGUUUUUCUUCCAGGUCAUUUUGAUGUUUUACAUAGAUUCUUUUCAUUGGUUAAAUGAAAUUGGUGAAUAGUUUGCUUUUUUUUGGUGUGUCAUAUUUGUCAUGUUUUGGUAUUAAUAUUAGGUUUGUUGGUUUGGCGCCUGUGGCUCAAGUGACUAAGGCACCAGCCAUAUACACCUGAGCUGGCGGGUUUGAAUCCAGCCCGGACCCGCCAAACAACAAUAACGGCUGCAACCAAAAAAUAGUCAGGCACUGUGGUGGGCACCUGUAGUGGCUACUUGGGAGGCGGAGGCAGGAGAAUCACUUGAGCCCAGGAGUUAGAGAUUGCUGUGAGCUGUGAUGCUAUGGCACUCUAUCCAGGGCAACAGCUUGAGGCUCUGUCUCAAAAAAAUAAAAUAAAAUAAAAUAAAAAAUAUAUAUGGUUUGUUUCAUACAAAAGUAUUGGGAAUUGCUCUUUUUUCUACACUACACAAUUUGUAUAGUGUUAACAGUUAUUUCUUAAAUCCUUGUUAGAAUGCCCAUGUGAAUUUCUUUGGGCUUUUUUGUUUUGUUUUAGGGAAUUGCUUUUUAUAUUUUUCUGUUCAUUUUAAUGGAAAUUUGUCUAGAUAAGUUUUCUCCAUCUUCUAGAGUAAGUUUUAGUAAUUUGCAUUUUUCAGAAAAGUCUUCAUGUGAAACAGUUUAUAAAAAUAUAUUUCAAUAAGAGUACUGCAAAGUAAUCUUAUGCUAUAACCUCACUUUUGUUUUUUCUUUAACAUUAUGUCUUUUUACUCUAUUUGUACAUUGAUCGUCUUCCUAAUAGUUAUUUGUUUUCUUUCAGAUCCCUUUUAAAAGCAAUCAAAGCUAUUUAUAUUUAUAAAUAACUGCCUCUACUCAUACUUUCUUCCUUGGAAUUUCCUUCUCAAAACUUAAAAGACAGGAGGUACAUGCACUUGAAAUUUGUUUAUUAAUGGCAAAGUAUGCCUGUAUUCCCAGCACUUGGGAGGCCAAGGAGAAAUAUGGGGAAUUGAUGAACAUCAGAAACACCAAGAUAGACUUUUGAGACCAGUUGAAGGUAAAUUCAAGAAAAUACUGACUAAAGAAAAAGACAAUAAAUGUCAUAAGCAAUUUGCAAAUGUGUUUCCUCUGAACUCAGAUUUUGUUCCUUCUGGACAUAAUCUCUUUGAAUAUGACUUGUUUGGAAAAUGUUUAGAACAUAAUUUUGACUGUCAUGAUAAUGCAAAAUGCCUUAUAAGAAAGGAAGAUUGUGAAUAUAUUGAACCUAUGAAAUCAUAUGAUAAUUGCUCUUUACAUCUUGGAGUAACACCCUUUAAGUGUAAUCACUGUGAAAAAGGCUUCAAUCAAACAUUGGACCUCAUCAGACACCUGAGAAUUCAUACUGGCGAGAAGCCCUAUGAAUGUAAUAACUGUAGAAAAACCUUCAGCUACAAGGAAAAACUCAUUAAACAUUAUAAAAUUCACAGUAGGGAGCAGUCUUUUGAAUGUAAUGAAUGUGGGAAAGCUUUCAUUAAAAUGUCAAAUCUCAUUAGACAUCAAAGAAUUCAUACUGGAGAGAAACCAUAUGCAUGCAAAGAAUGUGGGAAAUCUUUCAGCCAGAAAUCGAAUCUCAUUGAUCAUGAAAAAAUUCAUACUGGAGAGAAACCUUAUGAAUGUAAUGAGUGUGGAAAAGCAUUCAGCCAGAAACAAAGCCUCAUUGCACAUCAGAAAGUUCAUACUGGGGAGAAACCUUAUGCAUGUAAUGAAUGUGGUAAGGCCUUCCCUCGAAUUGCGUCCCUUGCUCUUCAUAUGAGAAGUCAUACAGGAGAAAAACCUUAUAAAUGUGAUAAAUGUGGGAAAGCCUUCUCUCAGUUUUCCAUGCUUAUUAUACACGUUAGAAUUCAUACAGGUGAGAAACCCUAUGAAUGUACUGAGUGUGGAAAAGCCUUCUCUCAAAGCUCUGCCCUUACAGUACAUAUGAGAAGUCACACUGGUGAGAAACCAUAUGAAUGUAGCGAAUGUAGAAAAGCCUUCAGCCAUAAGAAAAACUUCAUUACACACCAGAAAAUUCAUACUAGAGAGAAACCUUAUGAAUGUAAUGAAUGUGGGAAAGCUUUCAUUCAGAUGUCAAAUCUUGUUAGACACCAGAGAAUUCAUACUGGGGAAAAGCCCUAUAUAUGUAAGGAAUGUGGGAAAGCCUUUAGCCAGAAGUCAAAUCUCAUUGCUCAUGAAAAAAUUCAUUCUGGAGAGAAACCUUAUGAAUGCAAUGAAUGUGGUAAAGCCUUCAGCCAAAAGCAAAACUUUAUUACACAUCAAAAAGUUCAUACUGGAGAGAAACCUUAUGAUUGUAAUGAAUGUGGCAAAGCCUUCUCUCAAAUUGCAUCCCUUACUCUUCAUUUGAGAAGCCACACAGGGGAAAAGCCUUAUGAAUGUGACAAAUGUGGAAAAGCCUUCUCUCAGUGCUCACUGCUUAAUUUACAUAUGAGAAGUCAUACAGGUGAGAAGCCUUACAUAUGUAACGAAUGUGGAAAAGCCUUCUCUCAAAGAACUUCCCUUAUUGUGCACAUGAGAGGUCAUACAGGUGAGAAACCCUAUGAAUGUAAUAAAUGUGGAAAAGCCUUCUCGCAAAGUUCAUCUCUUACUAUACAUAUACGAGGUCAUACAGGUGAGAAACCCUUUGACUGUAGUAAGUGUGGAAAAGCCUUCUCUCAAAUCUCAUCUCUUACUCUUCAUAUGAGAAAACAUACAGGUGAGAAGCCUUAUCACUGUAAUGAGUGUGGCAAGGCCUUCAGCCAAAAGUCACACCUUGUCAGACACCAGAGAAUUCAUACUCAUUAGAAACUCUAUAAAUAUUGUGAAUAUGGGAAAGUCUUUGGAAGAAAUUAACACCUUAUUGCACAUUACAUGUUUGGUUCCAUAGCAGAAAACUAUGAAUGUUGGAAAACCUUCACAACAUUUGGAAGAAGUCACAAACUUAUGAAAUAGAAUUCUUACCAAGUUGACAAACUGUAUAACGUAAAAGCAGAUUAUCUUAGAACUUCCAGCAGACAUUUUAUAUAUUGAUAAUAUUUAAUAAGUAUUUUCAUUAAAAUCUUAAACAAAGUAUCUGCUGUCAGCAUACCAACAUAACACUUGAGCUCCCAGGCAUUGUCUUAAGCAAGAUAAAGAUGGGGGAAAAAAGAGGAACUCUAAAACUAAUCUUUUAUACAAGAAAAAAUUAAUGAGAAAAAUGUAUUUAUAGAAAAUAUAUAAGAAUAAACACAAUAAUGAUUUAUGAGACAUAUAUACAUAGUUAUAAAACAUCUUAAAGUACACAGAACAUUAUAUCCCAAAAAACUUGACUUUAUAAAAAUAUAAGUUCUCUUCUAAAUCUGCAAGUUUAAUAUACUUCACUUAGAGUUGACAUCAGUUAUUUAUAUAUUUUAAAGAACUUUAUAAAUGGAUCCAAAAAUGUUAUAUGGAAAAGUAAAGGUCACACAUAGCUGAAAAAAUUUGAAAAAGCAGAAUAGGGAAGGCAGGCUCUACUAGAUAUCAUCACAUAGUUAUUUAAAGUUGUCAUUAAAUAGUGUAUUACUGAGGGAAUAAAUCAGUAGACACAAUAUUGAGGAUUAUAUAAAAAUCCAAAAAGAUAUGACAAUUUUGUGUAUGAUAAUACUGUUGAAAUUAUCAUGGAGUUAAUGGUAUAUUCAGUGAAAGGGAAGGUUUAUAUGAGAAAAAUUAGCUUUCUACUUUACACCAUAUACAAAAAUAAGAUCCAAUAGAUUGACAACCAGAAUACUAAAAGCAAAAUUCCAACACUAUGAUGAAAAUAGAAUAUAUUACUUUAGAGUAACAAGAUUUCCUUAAUCAUGGAGUAGUCAACUCUAUUUUGAUGUUUUGGCCUCAUAGCACCCACAUAAUAUCACUUUUCACUGUAUCACAGUUUAUAUUGCCCUAAAUUGCAUAUGAUACAAAUUUUCAACAACAGAGGGAUAAAUCAAUAUAAUGUAAUUUUUUCUAUGAUAGAAUAUAGUAUUUAGAAGGAAGACACUAAAUUUACAUGGAUUACAGUAUAUUAUUGAAAUAAAAACCAAAAUGCACAGUGAAACUGUAACAUUUGUGUAAUUUAAUAAGAUGGUGAGAACAGUACUGUGUAUUGAUCAUAGAUCCAUAUAUGACACUGGUUGCCUUUUGGGAUGUGGGAAAGUUUUGCUGAGAGUCAUAUUUACCUGUAAUAUUUCUUUAAUGAAAUAAUGAAAGCAAAUAUGACAAUGGUGAUAAAUCUGGUUGUUAAAAUUACAUGGGUUUUUCAAAAUCCUUUCUUGCCUUUACUUUCCUGUUUCUCCAAAAUGAGAGUCAAGUUGAUGGGAGAAACCUAAUGCUAUAGCAACAACUGAAAAAUGUGUACUUAUUCUUGAUCAGAUAAUAACAUUUAUAGAAUAAAUUAUCUUUAACAUGCACAAAACAAGCCUGAUAGGUAUUAUUUUUUUACUCUCUCUUCAUAAUGUUAAUUGGGAUAAUGAAAAUCAGCAGUAUGCAGCAUUUGUUUUAGGCCAAUUUUUAAUUUUUAAAUAAUUUUUAUCUUAAGCACAAGUCUUUCCCCUAGUUGAAAGCAUUAGGGAAAAAAUAAUUAUUUAAUUUGUGGGAUAAUUGACUCCCAACUUGGAUUGGUUUUCAAGUGAGAGAAUGGAACUUUUCAGAUAUACUGUUAAAUAUGGUUAACAUUCUAUCAGGUCAAGCCAAGGAUAGUUACCAGCAUCGGAGCAGGAGGAAUUUCAGUAUAUCCUAACAAAGCUUUCUUUGAUUUCUGGAUCCUUAAAUGGGGGUGCAGACACUCAUGAUCUUAUGUUUGCCAUGUAAGGACCCAGAGGACGUGAAAAGCUCACUUCCUCCUGUUCAACAAAUGUUUUAUAGUAACGUCUUUAAAAUAUUCAAGGUGAUCAGUUUUUUCCUGUGAAUAGUACAUUUUUAUAGUUUGUUUUUUUUCUACUGGAUCUUUAAAACAUGUUUUUAAUGAGAAAUAAUUAUAGAUUCAUAUGAAGUGGAAGAAAUAAUACACAGUACUAUUUAGUUUUAUACCCUACACCUAGUUGUCCCUAGUGAUGACAUCUUACAUAAAACAGUAAAAUAUCAAAUGCAUUAAUAAGUUUUGCAAGAAGAAUUCGACUAAGGGUCACAUUCUCAAGUAUCCCUGAUGUUGGAGGAAAGAAUAAGAAAGAGACAGCUAUUUCACCAUUUAUUUCCAGAUUCUAUCAAGCUUAUGUUCUCAACUUAAUUGUAAAUAAAUAAAGCCAACUUCUUUUUGCCAAGGGCUCCGACAGAUGUUUUUAAUUUUCUUUGGAGAUGUUAGAUACUUCUAUCUCUAUAUAAAAUCUGUUGGGGACAGUCCAAAACUAUGCCAUGAGUCCCUCCAAGUGGCUAGUGGAGAUGAGGGGAUAAGGAAAAAAUGAAAAGACAAAACACAAGAGAAAGUUUAUUAAAGCUGGUUUAGGAGUCUGUCUGCCUUCACCAUGAGGACCAGCAGACAGCCCCUUGCUCCAGGCUAGCUCCAUUUUAUAUCAUACACCAUUGUUUUAAUCAUCAAUCUGAGGAAAGAAAGCUAACAAUUAUGUCAUGGUUCUUGCUGUGCUUGCAUUUUCUAACUAAACUAUUUCUUUAUCUGUGUUAAUUAGACUGAUUUACUUUUUACUAUUAUUGCUCUAAAUUAUUUAUGAUCAUAACACAAACAGAACAUUGGACAAGGAACACAGUCCAGGAGCAGCAUGUCAAAGAAGACCCCAAUUAGGCCACGCACACAAAUCAUCAGAGUGGCAAUUAACACUCAAGAAGCCUUGUGCUCAGACUGACUGAUGCUUCUGACCAUACCAAGUUGACAGAAGAAAAGCAAUAUUUUUCUCCUUAUCUACUUCAGAGCAAUUCUUGCUCUCUUUAAUGAGGUUUAAACAUUCUGCAUUCCCAAAAGGACUUACUCUCUCUGAGAGGGCAGCCCUACCCAGGCAAGCCUUGCUUGCUCAGUG